AUGGGAUCGAACGUCGCCCAAAAGCGUCUUUUCCACGAAUACAAAAACCUCUCUACCAACCCGCCAGAAGGCAUUACUGCCGGCCCCAUAUCCGAAGAUGAUAUGUUCCAUUGGGAGGCUCUGAUCCAAGGGCCUGAGGGAACGCCGUUUGAGGGCGGGGUGUUUGCUGCAGAGCUCAAAUUUCCCAAGGAUUAUCCGUUGAGUCCGCCAACGAUGAAGUUUCUAGGCGGUGUAUGGCAUCCAAAUGUUUAUCCGAACGGCACUGUUUGUAUAUCGAUUCUCCAUCCACCAGGCGACGAUCCCAAUCACUACGAGCAUGCGUCCGAGCGAUGGUCACCAAUCCAGAGUGUGGAGAAGAUUCUCAUUUCGGUAAUGAGUAUGCUCGCCGAACCGAACGAUGAGAGCCCUGCGAAUGUCGAGGCAGCUAAGAUGUGGCGUGAACGGAGAGGCGAUUAUGAGCGGAGAGUCCGCGAAGAAGUCAGGAAAGGACUGGGUCUCUAA